CUGUCUGGAUCAUGUGACGAUAUCGUGACGUCGUGUUGUAGUCAGUCAGCUGAGAAAGCUUCGGUGCUAGGAAUACCUGUUAAAUAUAAUCGUGUCAAAGUAGAAACAACAAGAUGGACAUCCGCGGUGCUGUGGACGCUGCAGUACCCACCAAUAUAAUUGCUGCCAAGGCAGCAGAGGUUCGCGCCAACAAGGUUAAUUGGCAGUCCUACCUUCAGGGUCAGAUGAUAUCAGUGGAGGACUGUGAUUUCAUCAAGAAGUUCGAAGUAGCAAACACUGAUGAGAAACAGGCCAUACUGACUAAUGAGGGUCAUCAGUGUGCAAAGACCUUUCUCAACCUGAUGGCCCACAUCUCCAAGGAGCAGACAGUCCAGUACAUCCUGACUCUGAUUGAUGAUACUCUGCAGGAGAACCAUCAGAGGGUAAACAUCUUCUUUGACUACGCCAAGAAGACCAAGAACACGGCCUGGUCCUACUUCCUGCCCAUGCUGAACCGUCAGGACCUGUUUACCGUCCACAUGGCUGCAAGGAUCAUUGCCAAGCUCGCUGCCUGGGGCCGCGACCUGAUGGAGGGAUCCGACCUGAACUACUACUUCAACUGGAUCAAGACCCAGCUCAGCUCACAGAAGCUACAUGGUACAGGGCCAGACACGGGGACAGGAGCUGGAACUAUGUCCCCCAGUGAAAGCUCCCAGUAUGUGCAGUGUGUUGCUGGCUGUCUUCAGCUGAUGUUGAGGGUCAACGAGUACAGGUUUGCCUGGGUCGAAGCUGAUGGAGUGAACUGCAUCACCGCUGUGCUUAGCAACAAGUGUGGCUUCCAGCUUCAGUACCAGAUGAUCUUCUGUGUGUGGCUGCUGGCGUUCAGCCCUCAGCUCUGCGAGCAGCUGCGUCGCUACAAUGUGGUGCCGGCCCUGUCAGACAUCCUCCAGGAGUCCGUCAAGGAGAAGGUCACCCGGAUCAUCCUGGCUGCCCUGAGGAACCUUCUGGAGAAGUCUGUGGAGAAGGAGACCCGGCAGGAGUACGCUCUGGCCAUGAUCCAGUGUAAAGUCCUGAAGCAGCUGGAGAACCUGGACCAGCAGAAGUAUGACGACGAGGACAUCUCUGAAGACAUCAAGUUCCUCCUGGACAAGCUGGGAGAGAGCGUGCAGGAUCUCAGCUCAUUUGAUGAGUACAGCUCUGAGCUCAAGUCUGGCCGUCUGGAAUGGAGCCCCGUGCACAAGUCUGAGAAGUUCUGGCGUGAGAACGCAGUCCGCUUGAACGAGAAGAACUACGAACUCCUCAAGAUCCUCACCAGACUGCUGGAGGUGUCCGAUGACCCGCAGGUCAUAGCCGUGGCGGCUCAUGAUGUCGGCGAGUACGUGCGACACUACCCGCGAGGGAAACGAGUCAUCGAGCAGCUGGGUGGGAAACAACUGGUGAUGAACCACAUGCACCACGAGGACCAGCUGGUCCGCUACAACGCCCUGCUGGCCGUUCAGAAGCUCAUGGUUCAUAACUGGGAGUACCUGGGAAAACAACUGCAGUCUACUGAGCAAACCCAGGCUGUAGCCGCCAGGAGCUGAACUGUCUUCAUGCAUUUACUGUAUGUUUGUGUAUCAUGGUGUCUGAGUGUGUAUCGUACGCCUGUAUGCCUGCCAUACGUUGCAGUAACAAGAAUCAACUGUCCAUUUCUUAAGUUCAUAAAGUACCACUGAAAGGUGUGGCUCCUCCCAUUGGUCCUCAACUUCCUGUAUUAUUGCUGUGGUUUCCUCUUUGUGCAAUGUGGCAUGUCCUCACAGUUACAGUAAGUGAUGAACAGUGAUUUGAGUUUUUAUGUUUGUUUUCGUUGUAAAAUUGCUAUUUAUGUCUUACCUGUAAAGCGUUGGAGAAAUCAUUCCAAUAAAGUAUACUAAGUAACUUA